AUGGAAAUGUUACUGGUGCUGAUCCGCUUGGCGCCGUACCCUUUCAAUGUCAUGAACGCUAUUCUAUCCGCGACACAUAUCCCGCUUUCGACCUACAUUGUCGCAACCGCCAUCUCACUCACCAAGCUGGCACUUCACGUCUAUAUCGGAUCGACACUCUCAACACUCACAGGAGGCGAUGGAGACGACACGGACCCCGAGAAGGAUCCCAACAAUCAUGGAAAGCGAGUCAAGGUCUUUAUUAUGGUCAUGGGCAUCAUUCUAGGAAUUGGCGUUGGAGCGUAUGUUUGGGCGGUGGCGAAACGAGAGAUUGCGAUUACCGAAGCUGCGAGGAUGGAACGCCGACAGCGGAGGAGACGAGGUGGUAGGAGAGGAGGAGGAGAGGGUCUGUCGGCAAAUGGUGGAGAUGGUGGGAUUGAGUUGAGAGAUCAGCAUAGUGGGUAUAUCCCAGAUGUUGAUUUAACGAAUCGACACUCGGUCGAUGGGUUCUUUUCUGGAGCAGCAUCAGGAAGAGGGGGAGAGGGACAAGAUUUGUCGGAUGCCAACCAUUUUGUUGGAGGAGCUGGUAACGAAAGCGGUCGGUAUCAGGACUAUGAGGAUGAUGGAGACGACCAUGAAGGCAACUUGCUUUUUGGAACUGGAGGGCAAUCUCAACAACAGCGGUCACAGCAACAUGGAGAAUGGAGGAAUGUUGGAGCUGCUAGUGCUAGUGCUAGCCAUACCGACUCUUCAACAGAUUCUGAUGAGUCAGACUUCUUUGACGAUUCUGAAGACGAGGAUGAUGAAGGAGAUUUGGAGCGAGGGUAUGGACUAGGACGUGACCUGGAUGGCGGCGAUAGGACAGGCGGCAGAGGUGGUGGUGAUGGCUAUGGAGAGGAUGAUGGUAGGUUUGGAGAAGGGGAGGACGAGGCGUUGGAUUUCUCGGCGCAUCAUGCAGGACUUGUCGAUUCACCUUGGCAGGAUGAUAAUGAUGAGGGUGGUGAGGAUGAUAGGCUUGAUCUUUUGGGCGGUGAGGAAGAGAGAGGAGGAAGUGAGACGCAAGGACGAUAG